GAGUGGGAGGCGCGGCCCCGGGUGGUCUGGGGGCAGGAGCGUCCUCUCUGAAGGCUCGGGCGAGCCUGGAGCCUUUAGAGAAGCCAAGAGGCUCGGUCUGGCCGAGUGACAAGCCUGGCCACGCGGUCGCCCAGGGACGCGCGUCCUCCAAAGGGACAAAGGGUCGGGAAACUUGAGCCGGGCCUGUCCCGGAAGAGCCGGCUGUGGUCGCCAUGGCAACGGAGUCGGGCUCUCGGCGGUUUCCCCUCGCCCGGCCUGCGAGGGGGCUUUAGGGGUGGUGAGCGACCCGCUCCACCGGCUCCACAGCCCGGCCCACCCCGCCCUCCGGCCGUGGCUGCCGGCCGGAGCCCACGACUGACCCUCUGCAGCUCCUGUAGUCACGUGGCGCUGGGAACCGGCGGGGGGGCUGGGCACGGGCCUGGCAGUGGUGAACUCGAACCUGCUGCUGUCGCCACGGUGGGGUGGGGAGCGCGGCUGCCGGCACCGGCUUUGCGGCCUCAUGGACGCGCGAAGCGCCUCCGCGCACCCCGCCGGAGAGUUUUCUCUGACAUCUGGGGGCUACCACAGUUUGGGCCGGAGCAGGCGCUGCAGCCGCAGAAGUAUCCCCAGGAGCGUCCCCAGCAGGAGCUGGAAAAAGCCUCGUCUCCAGCUCCACAGCCUCCAGGCAGAGGAAGGACUGAUGCUGGAACGUCGCUGCCGGGGCCCUCUGGCCGUGGGCCCUGCCCGGCCCCAGCUCCUUUCCGGGCCUUCCCAGGGGUCGCCCCAGACCCUGGAGAAGGAGCCCGGCGGGCUGAGGUUACAAGGCACCUCGGUGGCCCAGCCAGGCAGCCAAGCUCCAGGUCGGGUCCGUCGCUGUGCCCACUGUCAGAGGCACUUCCCGGGCUGGGUGGCCCUGUGGCUUCACGCCCGGCACUGCCAGGCCCGGCUGCCCCUGGCCUGCCCAGAAUGCAGCCGUCGCUUCCGACACGCCCCCUUCCUGGCCCUGCACUGCCAGGUGCAUGCCGCUGCCACCCCGGACCGGGGCUUCGCCUGCCACCUCUGCGGGCAGAGCUUCCGCGGCUGGGUGGCCCUGGUCCUGCAUCUGCGGGCCCACUCGGCUGCCAAGCGGCCCCUUGCUUGCCCCGACUGUGACAGACGCUUCUGGCGGCGCAAGCAGCUUCGAGUGCAUGCGCGGAGGUGCCCCCCGGCCCCCGAGGCCCGGCCCUUCAUAUGCGGCAACUGCGGAAGGAGCUUUGCCCAGUGGGACCAGCUGGUUUCGCACAAGCGGGUUCACGUGGCCGAGGCCCUGGAGGAGGCAGCGGCCAAGGCGCUCGGGCCUCGGCCCCGGGGCCGCCCCGCGGUGACCGCGCCCCGGCCGGGUGGCGAUGCCGUGGACCGGCCCUUCCAGUGCGCCUGCUGCGGCAAGCGCUUCCGGCACAAACCCAACCUGAUCGCCCACCGCCGCGUGCACACGGGCGAGCGGCCCCACCAGUGCCCCGAGUGCGGGAAGCGCUUCACCAACAAGCCCUACCUGACCUCCCACCGGCGCAUCCACACGGGCGAGAAGCCCUACCCGUGCACCGAGUGCGGGCGCCGCUUCCGCCACAAACCCAACCUCCUGUCUCACAGCAAGAUCCACAAGCGAUCCGAAGGGUCCGCCCAGGGGGCCCCUGGCUCGGGGAGCCCCCAGCUUUCAGCGGGGCCCCCGGAGCCCUUGGCAGAGCCUACCCCAGAGGCCCCACCGAGACCUGCGCAGGAUCCUUCCGCUGAGCCUCUGCCAGGGGCCCCCCGGAACCAGGGGGAUGUCCCCCCAUCUCUCUACAGCUGCGAGGACUGUGGCAGGAGCUUCCGGCUGGAGCGCUUCCUGCGCGCCCACCAGCGGCAGCACACGGGGGAGCGGCCCUUCGCCUGCCCCGAGUGUGGGAAGAACUUCGCCAAGAAGACCCACCUGGUGGCCCACUCGCGGGUCCACUCAGGGGAGCGGCCCUUCGCCUGCGAGGAGUGCGGGCGCCGCUUCUCCCAGGGCAGCCACCUGGCGGCCCACCGGCGCGACCACGCGCCGGAGCGGCCCUUCGUCUGCCCGGACUGUGGCAAGGCUUUCCGCCACAAGCCCUACCUGGCCGCCCACCGGCGCAUCCACACCGGCGAGAAGCCCUACGUCUGCCCCGACUGCGGCAAAGCUUUCAGCCAGAAGUCCAACCUGGUGUCCCACCGGCGCAUCCACACCGGCGAGCGCCCCUACGCCUGCCCCGACUGCGACAGGAGCUUCAGCCAGAAGUCCAACCUCAUCACCCACCGCAAGAGCCACAUCCGGGACGGCGCCUUCUGCUGCGCCAUCUGCGGCCAGACCUUUGACGAUGAGGAGAAGCUCCUGGCCCAUCAGAAGAAGCAUGAUGUCUGAGAGCAGGGGCGUAGGUCCGCGCGAGCUGGGAGGUAGGGCCCCGGGGCCUCCCUGCUGCUGGCUGCUGGCGAAGUGGGGGCUGGGGAGGCGGGAGUGAGCACUCCCCGUGAGAAACACGGGGAGCCGCUGUGGAGUGCGCGGACCCAGCCUCCAGCUGGUGGUGGCUGAGGUUCCGACCUCCCUGUCCCCUGCCCUGGAGAAGUAGCAAUAGCACCUGCACCCACCCCUUAGUGUCUGUCCUCCGCAGGAGGGGUCACCAGUGGACAGAUGACCCCUCUCUGCUGGUAACGCCUUAAUGUCCCUGUCCGUCAUGAGCUAGCUCCUUCAGCUCGGUUUUGGAAGUAGGUGUGGUACAGUCCUUAGUGAAGAGCGCUGGGGAGGUGAAUCAGACCGGUGGGGACACCCGGGGGAACCUGCCGGCCGAGUUCAGCAGCCCUGGGGGUGAGGCCGAGCGGCUCCGAGCUGUCCCAGCCCGGCCCCUGCGCUGGCACCCAGACCGCGAGAUACCUGUCUGCUGUGUGGCUUCCCCUUCCUCCCUGAAGAUCAGCCCCGGGGAGCGGGGUUCCCGCCCGUCAUACUUGCUUCAUCCGCCCCCUGCCUGCACCUAGAGCAUCGCCUGGCUGCCAGCAGUCCCGUCUGGGCCUUUGUCUGAACACCCCAACCCUCCUUCACACCUCUCAGGCCCCUCGUGUUGGCAGGGGCUGCCCGCUGACGCCGGGGGGGGGUCAGGGGCCGGAAGGGAGGGGUGCGUUUCCCUUUCCACAUGUCUGGUGUCUGGACGCCCAGCCUCCGCCCGAACACGUAGGUGACAGGGUGGCCCCGCCUCCUGAGGCCCUGGUUCUACCGUAGGACAAUUCUAAUCGUUAGAGGUUCUUCCUUAUAAUGAGUGAAAUCUGCUUUCCUAGAAUUUCUACCUGUCGGGCCUUGUUCUGUUUUCUGGGACUAAACAGAACCACCACUUACCCUUCUUUUCAAACUAGAGAAUAAAGAUUUGGUUUUAGAGCUGG